AAUUGUACCCUCUCCUAGGUAACACUCUAUCUCUUCCCCUCUCCAAUUGCUUUUAGAGUUGUUUAAAGCAAGUGCCUGCCAGUACAUCUUCCCUCAAAGAAAAGGGAGGCCAGAAGGGAAACCCCCAACUUCUUCAGGAGCUCUUUGGGGGGCUUGAGAGAGUAUAAGGUGGUGAUGCUGGAAUCAGGUGGAGUAGGCAAAAGUGCAAUGACAUUGCAGUUCAUAAUCCAUCAGUUUCCAGACUACCAUGAUCCUACAAUAGAAGAGGCUGUUAAAACAGACAUCAGAAUUUCUUCCCUGUGUACCUACCUGGACAUAAUAGACACAGCUGGGCAAGCAGAAUGCAUGGCCCUGAGAGACCAAUAUAUGCAAGAUGGAGAGGGCUUCAUUAUUUGCUAUUCCAUCAUGGAUCGUCAGUCCUUUCAAGAAGCAGCAGAAUCCAAAGAGCUUAUUUAUCGUGUCCUGCACACCUAUGACAUCCCCUUAGUGUUGGUCAUAUGCCUUUUUGAGACAGGAAAUCUCUAUUAA